AUGACGUCUCGCCGGUCGCCGAGCCUCCCGCCCUCUGAACCCCCCUCGCCGAUCUCGCCUCCGACAAAGACGGACAGUCGGCUGUCGGGUGCGAGCUCACCGUCGUCUCGGCGAGAUGAACGCAGAGGAUCUCGGGGGAUCUGCAAACACCCAGCCACGUCUGCCGACCCCUCAGCUGUUUCUGAAGAGGCCUCGCAGCGCCGACGCGCGGUCGAAGGGGAGAGACUUGCGAGUUGGGCGUCAACGCCCCUGGCCUCUCAGUCUCGCGUCGUGGACCCGCGUCUUCCAUCUGCCGCGUCGUUCUCGUCGCACCUCGCUCCGGCUUCCUCCUCUUCGUCUGCAGCUCUCAGCGCUUGGGAGAACCCUUGGGACGCACGGGUUGCGGAGCCGAAGAGUCGCGCCCUCCCUGCGCCUGCGACCUCGACAUCUCUCCCGGGGACUGGCCCGAGUACGGUUCUAUCUCCGCCAUUGUCGGGCGCCUCGCCGGGUGUCCGUGCUCGCGAGGCCGCGGGGGCUGCGGCGUCUUCGCUUCGCGAGAAACUCGCGGGCGGGGUGAAGAUUGCCUCGCCGGAUGCGGUGUUCUCGCUCGCGGGGUUGGGGCCGUGCCUCGACGACGUUUUCGACUACGAUGAAGAAUACGAACGGUUCGGCUUUUUCCCCACGAUUCGCACGUUCGCGCGACCGGAGCGAAGACGGCGGGCCCAGCGACCCGGUGCGUCAGGCCCCACCUCGGCGGGUACGCCGCAGACAGCCUCGUCGGAAAAAGAGGAAGGCUCUGAGGGCUCACGCCAGAGGCGAGAAGAGGGAUUGGAGCUGAGCAGUGGCAACGCGGAGCCGGACGGCGCUGGGGAAGGCGCGAAGAAGAAGAAGGAGAAGAAGGAGAAGGAGAAGAAAGAGAAGAAAGAGAAGAGUCAGAACGAGUUGCUGGGGCGACUACGCGAGGAAGAAGGGCGUAGCGGAAAACAGUUGACAAAGCUGGAGCGAAAGCUGCUCCGAAAAAAGCAAAAGAAGGAACAGAAACGUUUGGCGAGGCGCGAGCGAGAGAGAGAAAUGCAGACGGCAGAGCCGGCGGAGGUCGCAUUGAAAGACGCCAGGGACGGUGGCAUCGGAACGGGACCAGGAGCUGGAGAGCCCGAAGGCGAAAUGGAAAAAACGGACGAAAAGGAGACAGAGACCAGGCGGGUCACUGGAGAGCAGGCAGCCGACGCGGGUCUCAUGCAGCGGCCGCCGGCAGAGAGAGACGCAGCGAGGGGUGCCGAGGGCCCGCGAAGAGGAGCGGAAAACGAGCAGACAGAUGAACCAAAUAAUGAGUCGGAAAGAGGGGUGGACGAGGAGGCAGUGACGGCGAGGAGGGAAGGACAAGGCGCAACGCAGGAGCCGACCGUUGGUGCCGAGGCCAGGGUGCUCGAAAGCGAUGGAGACGCCCAGAGAGGCUGCGAAGGAGAGAAGGUGAGCGGAACGCCCAGCGACGGAGGGGGGAAGGACGUGCCUGCUGACAGCUGUGAACAUGAUCCUCUCGUGGGGAAAGACCCCGAAUCCAAGCGUGGAAAGGAAAGCGCGGCAGGCUCUGGAGAGGAGGACCAGGAGAAGGAGGGACACGGCGGAGGCGCCGCGCCAGGGACGGCGCGCGCGUCUGGGAAGAAGAAAGAGGACUCGGAAGGCACUGGGGUGGCGUCAGCGAAGGCGUCGCCUCGGUCGGGGGGCUGCCGCAACAAGGAUGCACUUCCCCGCGAGCUUCUCUCGCUUCUGCUGGACGAUUACGUCUGUUCGUCUUCGCGACGAAGAAGACCUGGAGAGAACGUCUCGCCCUCGUCUCCGUCCCCCAAGGCUGUUCGGUCAGGCUUUGCGAAGCGCAGUGGAGGGUCCAGCAAACCGCCAGCAGGCUCCGCAAUGUCCCUUGUGAAGCGCGAGGGUGAAGAGAGGACAGAACACGGCGCGGGAAGGGGCGAGGCUGGUGGCGACGGCGACGCGAGACCGGGGCAGCGUCCGGGUGAGGAGGGGAAGGCGCUGGAGACGCGUGGAGACGACGGGGAUGCCGUAGGUCGCGGCGUCGCCGCGCUGGGCCUGGGAAGAGGAGAAAAGGACAAGAAACAAAAGUCGGGCGGCGCGGAGACCAGGGAAGACAAAGACGCCCGGCUCACGUCCGUGCGAGGGCACCAGUCCGGAGGCAGCGUCGCUGCCGCCAAGAGAGAGGACGACGCAUGCGACUGGUCAUCCUUCGAGGUGUUUAUCGUUAGCGAGCGGCAAGCGGGGGUGGCGGAAGGCGCUCAGGAGUUUCUCGGCCAGCCUCUGACAGAGGAGGAGCUCGCGCGAAGAAAGACGCUGAACUGGGACGAAGAAGAAGAGUUUGUCCUCGCUGCUGCUCUCGAGGAGAGAGGCCCUCUGGAGGCGAGCAAGGCGCCGAUAGAGAGCCUUCCCGGAGAGGAAGAGCCGUCGCAGCUUCAGCCGGAAGGAGGCGGAGGAAAGGGAGACGAAUGCCCAGAGCAGGAACAGGGAGACGGAGAGACCCCGACGGCAGGAGACGCGGAAGGACAGGGAGAGGAAGACGAGCGCAGCGAAGGCCACGAGCAGGGACGGAGCGGGGAAACGGACUUGCCUGUCUCCAAAGGCAAGGAGCAGCACUCCUGCCGCCCAAAAACGGAACAGAUCGAAGACCUUCGUGCAGAUGAGGAGGCAAGGAAUGAAGAAGAGGAAGACGGGCGUGAGAUGGCGGGAAAGAGCAUCCGAAAGAGAAAGCGAAGGUCGUCGUUGGACGACCCAGAUAUGGAAGAGAAACUGACGCCCAACGAUCCGUUGUACGCGUGCUUAAUCGAGGGCAGUGCGAUCCGGUUGACGCGCCGCAUGAUCAAGCAGCUGCACGACGAAGAGCCGCUUCCUGCCACUGUCUCGGCUUCGGGGCCGUCUCGGCCCUCGCUGUCGCCGUCCCUUGUGGUUUCGGCGGCGCUGUCUCCGCGGUCGCCGUCUUCAGGGCGAGGCGAGCAGGCGGCUGCGCUCCGUUCCCCGGAAGCCGGAACAGAGGCUGCAGCCAGUGCCCCGCAGCCCGGUCUCGGCAUCGCAGGGAAGAAGCGGGAGAGAUGCGCCAAGGGCCCGGGCGCGUUCGCGCGAGCUCAGCGAGAAGAGAGCGAAAAAGAGACCGGCAAAGAGCGGGGCGCAGACGGCUCGACGUCGCCGCCUGGAACCGCUCCGGCGACUCCCUCGCCACCCCUCUCAGGAGCGGCGGCUUUAAAUUCCCUAGGCAGGAAGGUCGAAGUCCGGGACGAUGCUCAAGGUUUCUCGUACGUCGGCUGCCGCGUGCGCGUGGUGCGCAGCUGGCGGGAUGAGAAGCAGCGCAGCACGUGGGAGUGGGGCGAAGGUGUGAUCAAGUUCUUUCUUCCCAAGUUCCGCAUGUUCUUCAUUCACUUCCUCCUGAACGCAAGAGGCACCGACGCAGCGACGCCCUUUGACGCGCCGGCCGCCGAGCUCCGCAACGAAGACUUGCCUUUCUCCCCCGAUGCGCAGCAUCGGGGUUGGUUCUCAGCCGCCCACGAUAUCAUUCGCCUCGCGUCCUCGAGGCGCGUCUGGGAAAGACCCGAGAAGCUGAAAAGACGAGAGCGAAAGAAGGGACCGGACGGAGAACGCGCCGCAGACCAGGGAGCGAGUGCCGAGGCGGACGAUGCAGCCUCGAGGCUCGGGCAGAAAAGCGACGGCCUCCGGCCCGCAGCAAAAGGCGGAGCGGAAAGCGAGAAGCGCGAGGACAAGGACGAUGGACGCAGCUGCGAGCAGGAACUGGAGAGCGAGGAAGAUGGACAUGGGCAAGAAACAGGAGAGAAAGAGACGACAGACACAGGGAAGAGCAGUGAAGACGCGGGUUUCCAGACCCGGGAGGGUGCCCCGCCGUGCGACGCGAAUCGCCUCUCAGCUCCUCGAAACAACCAGCCGGACACACUUGCUAGGUCUCCGCAUUCUCCAACUACUUCGUCUUCAUCUUCUGCCUCUAUCUCUUCGUGUCCAUCAUCGUCUUCGUCGCUUCCAUUGUGUCGCACGUGCUGCAACCCUAUAGCAGCAAUACGGACUGGCGACAGCACGGACGACACAUCCUGGCAGCUUUCCGUGCUGUCCCUGCCUCCUGAGACGCUUGACGCUUGUCUGCCUCCCAUUCCCGCCGCGUCGGCUGCUGAGUCAGGUUCCCAUUCUGCGCCGCCUUGUUCUUCCGGCUCGGUGUCGCCGUCAGCCACGCCGUCUCUCCAGCGUCCUCUGCCCCCCGCAGCGUACACCAUUCUCUCUGACGAGGAAGCAAAGGGGAUGUGGCCUUCGUCUGCGGGAAAAAACGAAGGCACGACAGCGAUGCGGCAAGAUGCCGCGACGCGAAACCUGAAACGCGUUCACUGGGGGCUUCGCUGCGCACGCUGCGAGCGCGUCUUCCACGCCUCAUGCAUUACGGCCCCUCACCAAAGGAAAAUCACUGUCGGAAUGGAUGAAGAGUCGUUGUGCGAAGAGAGCGCACGGCACCGUCGCCUCGUGGCUCGUCGAGAGGCUGCGAUCAAGGCGUACGCGAAGAAGCAGACGGAGAAGCGGCGGGAAGACGCCUCUGGACUGGUACCGGCAGCGGAUCCCCACGACGAUGAAAAGAAGGCCGGGGGCGAGCAGGCGGCAAAAGGAGGCCGAGACGACCUCGAGGGUGAGGCACCGUCGACGUGGAAGGCGAGCGAGACGAGUUCAAGAUCCUCAGGGCUUGAGGCUCCAAAAGGCCCUCGCGAAAAGAAGCCGAAGGCCCCCAGCGGCCCUCUCGGCAACGGCGGAUCUGCGCCGGGGCGCCCGACAGGCGAGACAGCGAACCGAUUGGGUGCUGCGUCUCCGAGUCCCGAGAUCCCUGUGACGGAAGGAGAGCCGAGCGACAGACGCGAGAAAGAUGUCAGUCAGAAAGACCCUGCCGAGGUCGCCCCGCCGCAAACGCUGCAUCUCAACUGGAAGGAGGACGCCCAGGGCGAGGCUCUGUCUUCGCCGUCGCCUUCGCCGUCUCCGGUAUCGCGAAGCCGAAGCGAGGGGAGGCUGCUGGCGGGUCCGACGUCAGGUGAGAUCGGAGCCCCAGAGGCCGGAACUGCGCACGCCACCGCGACGACAAGAGGUGCCCGAGAGCGUACAGGGGACCGUCGGCUUGGAGCGCCUCGGGAUGAGGCGGCAGGCCCCGCCAGUCGCUCUCAGCCGACUUCCAACGACGCCAGUCCCCAGGAUGCCGGUGUCCCGUCGGCUUCCUCGGGGUCUGUCUCGCGCUCCGCCGACGCGGGCUCCGCGUCUCCGCGCAUUGGUUUGGUCUUUGUCCCUCCUGUGCAGCCGUUGUCGGCGCCGACCUCGCCGACGGCGGCCUGCCGGAAGAAGCGCGAGGAGGCCGGCGGCCGGAGCCGGCGCUCCUGGGAGGACUGGGUCUGUGCGGACUGUGCAACCUGUCGAUUCUGUUGCGAGCCUCUGAGUUUGCCGCCGCUUGGCCAGGAAGCCUGCGGCCAGUUGGCGACGCAUACCAGUCAGCCGACUGUGAACUGCCACACAUGCAACAUGUACGCCCACGGAGUCUGUUGCUACCCGCCGGUGCCGGAGCUGCAUCCGAUUGCGACGUUCCGGUGCGACGCGUGCACGCGGUGUCGGAGUUGUGGCUACGUCGACUUGUACUGGCCUGAGUACGCGAACUGGGACAUCAAGUUCCAGAUGUGUUCCACCUGUCAUUACGCCAUCGAGGCUGGCCAGUUCUGCCCGGUCUGCAUGCGCGUCUGGGGCUUCGACGGCCUCGACGACCUAACGCUCUUGGACGCGACGUCCUUCGGAGACACCACCGGCCGCCAGGGCGCGCCGGCCCCAGAUGGAGAGGCGCUGGCGGGCGAGGGUGGCGGUGAAGACGCCACGCGGACGCAGAAAAAGAGACGGCAGGGCGAGGCGGCGGAAGGCGAGACCGGGCCCGGAGACACCCGUGGCGCUGCCGACCUAGAGCCGGCGGGACAAGGUUGGAAGACCUCUGCGGAGGCUCCCGCGGCGAGCCUUAACGCAUGCAGAGUGCCAGAAAGACAGGACGAGGGCCGAGAAGAACAGAACAGUGAACGCAGACAAUCCCUUGUCGAGUGGGUUCUCUGUGACGGAUGCCGCCUUUGGGUGCAUGCCAAGUGCGAUGGACUCUCAGAAGAACACAUGGAGCAACUCGCGUGCAAGGAUGUUCUCUACAGGUGUCCUGUGUGUCGGGGGUCGUCGCGGGCUCUGAAGUACAAGCGUCUUUUGGAUCAGCUGGUCGCCUUCGACAAGACAGCCGAGUUUACCUUGCCUGCAGCGGCCUCGUUCACCCUCUACUGGCGCGUGGUGACGCGUCCAAUGGACCUGACGACGAUGCGGCAGAAGCUGCAGCGAGGGGAGUACAAGCGCGACGAGGAGAUCAUCUCGGAUCUUCGACAGAUCUUCCACAACGCGCGCAUGGUGAACAUGCCAAACACUCGCACGUACCGAAGCGCGGUGGCGAUGGAACGGAAAGCCCAUGAACUCCUUGUCGGCAUUCUUCAGCUGACUCCGGGAAAGAUUGUGAAACGCCGGACCGAUAAGACGGGACGUCCGGGGUUGAAGGCGGGCGACGAGAGGGCCGGAAGAGACGCGAGUCUUCUGGACCUCCUCGGCGACUCUGAGGAUAUCGACGAAGGCAGUUGGCUAGUUGGGCCCGAGGGCGACGACGAGUCGGAGAGCGAGAAGUGGAAGUCACCCACGGGUCUAGGCGCAGAUGCGCACUCGACUGGACAAGGGAAGCGAGGAGACAGCACGCGAGAGUCCGGAGACAGUGAGGGAGGGACCGCAAGUCCUCUCGCGCGAGAAGGCCGUGCAGCGGCUAGAACGCCGUCGCCGACCGCCGCGUCUCCGUCGUCACUUCCGAGUUAUGGAGACACCGACGGAGACGAGAAGGGAGGUCGAGAGGCCGUGUUGCAACAGGGACACACACGAGAGGCACAGUGCGUGCGACCCCAGACGCAGGCCGCCGGCGCCGAGGCGAAGGCCGGGGAACAGGACGACGCUCGAGGUCUGACGUCUUGUGAAACUACUCUGAAGACCCAUGGGCGAUUCGCUGAAAGUGCGCAAAAACAGCCCUUCCAUGUGCACCGUCUUCCAGAGUUCGAGAGACUCCCGAUACCUCCUCCGAAGCCUCUUGACGCCCUCGAGGACUUGUUCAUGCUCCCCUCUGGAAGCGCGCCUGUUUUGGCUUCGCCGUCGACUGUCUUUCCUGUCUCCUUCGCCUGCGGGUUUCCUCUCGCGCCGUCUUCUUCGCUUUUGGUUCCUCAGUUUCCCCCCACGUUCCAACUCGCGUUCUCCGCAAACAGUCCGCUUCCGGCAGAGUUGCCGUGCGCGCCGCACCCUGUGCUGGGCGCGGGCCUCGCGGCCCUCGGGUGUCCAGAGGCAGGGGAAGGACCGUUCCUCUGGGAACUCCCCACGCGCCGCGCCUUCGCCCCUCCAAAGAGGAAGGAGAAAACGCGGAAGAAGAAGGACGCCGCAGAGGAAGAACGGCGCACGAAGGCGAAAGGGCGAGACGCGGGAGCCUCGUCGCUCUUCGCGGGUGCCGUCGGACAGGCGCCGUCGGCCUCCUCGGCGUUUGGGCCUGGCGAGAAGAGGAAGAAGAGAGGUAGAAAGCCUGGGAAAAUAGGAGAGAAGACGGGCGCCGCGAACCCUUUCCUGCCUGCUGCUGGCCUGGCUCUGGAUCGAACCGAGGAAGAGGAGUCGAGGGGCGCGUCUGCUGCUGAGGGCUUCAGAGAGCCGUCUCGGUCGCCGGAGAGUGACGAGUUGCCCGGGUCCGACGAGGAGGACGAAAAUGAAGACGCAGACGAAAAUGGGGGGCACGCCAACGCGCGCGGCGACACCCACGACAACCUGCAGGCUCCAGGCAUCCUCCCAAAGUGUACGUACAUCAUGCCGGCAGUUGAGAACCCUCAGGAGUUCUUGCGGGCGAUCGAAGAUCUGUACGGCGACGGAGACCCGAUGCGAAAGCGGAGACGGGAAGACAAAAAGGAGAGAGAAGGCAGAAUGAAAGCCGUGAAAAAGGGGGCACGGGACACCGAGGGAGGCGCCGACAGGCAACGCCAGCAGCGUGGGUCUCUUGCUCCACUCCCCGAGGGUUCGACCGCUGCUGCCUGCGAGCUAGAAGGCCCUCAAUCGGACCCCGCUCGCUCAUGUGCGCCGAACACCGCUGCAGCGCGCGCCGUUUCGCCUGCUGAGGACAAACAGGGCGACCGAAUCGAGGCCAGGUCUUGCGGGGAAUGCUCGGAGCGACACACAGAAGGGGCGAAGGAAGCUCGAGGCUGUUCAAGGUCGAGGCGUUCUUCCCUCUCGGGUGGCGAGGGCGACUGUCUCGUCGACGCCUGGGGACAACUUUCUCUCUUCGAGGACUGCUGCGCACUCUGCGGAUCGUCUGCAGAUGCGACGUCGCUCUACCACUGCCCCUCGUGUGGGGAAUCCUUCCACGCCCAGUGCAUUGGCGUCGCCCCUCCCCCUCCUUCUGGUGUUCCUGCCAUGGACGUCGAAUGCCCUCGGUGUGCUGUCUGUGUGGUGUGCGAUGGCCGAGCGCCGUGUGUGCACAUCGAGGAUGUUCGAAAUCGCCGAUCCUCAGCCGGCGCGACUCGCGGAACGCAACCAGCAACGAGCUGCGGGGCUUCUGGGGCGCCGGCGUUCUUCGUCUCGCCGGCGGGCGGCCCAAACACCUUCCAGGCGGAGCGCCCCGACCUCCUCGUCGCCGCAGCUGCGUCCGCUUUGUCGCCGACGGCGGAAGCCCUCCGGAAGCAGUUCCACGUUUAUCGCUGCGGCUCAUGCGGAGUGUGCGCCCACGCCGACUGCGUGUGGCACAGCAGUGUCGAAGCGCAGUCUUCUGCCGCGAGUGCUUUCUCGCCCUCGCCGCCCUCGCAGGCGACCCGGGGUCAGCUACCCGCCGUGAAUCCGUUGGUCGUGCUGAACAGCGGGACCCUACCCCCUCAGUUUCGGCCGCAGAUUCCCCAGCCGUGGAUGUCUCUCCCUUCUUCUGUCUCUUUUGCACCGUCCCUCGGGGCCUCGCCCCUUCAGCGUCUGCCGGGGGGGACGACGCCAGAAAGCAGCGGAGGCGCCGCAGCCUUCGGCGAACGUCAGCGACCAGCCUGUCCCCUGCAGGCGCAUCUCGCGGGUCUGGGCGACCAGGAAAAGUUCCACCGGCCGCCUGGGCCGGGCCAGAAGGGACCAGGCGGCGGAUCUGCCCAGGAAGGCGCAGGAGUCGCGCAGCCUCUGGACGGCGCAGGAGUCGCGCAGCCUCUGGACGGCGCAGGAGUCGCGCAGCCUCAGGCGGUCGCCUCCGGUCUCUCAGGGCCGGGGCCGUCUCCACAGCUCCCCCCUUCUGGAGUAUCUCUCGCGUCGGCGCCUGGCGCGCAACCCGGAGUGGGAGCGCCGGCGUCUGCAGCGGCGCGGCAAACAGACCCUGGAAACGGAAGCGCCUCACGCGCGUCCCUGGUUUCUCAACUUGCGAACUUCUUGCUGUGCCUCAAGCUCCUCGUGCGCCGUCUGGGCUGGCGACCGACAGCCAUUGCGCCGCUUCUCGGAUCGACCCCGGAGACGCUGCAUCGCGUACUUCUUCAACUCAAACUCGCGCCCUCGUCUCUCGGCGAAGAGGGCCAGAACGUCCUCCAGUGGUGCUUCCUCAAAGCUGUAGAAGCGAAGGAGACGCUGCCAGGGUUUGAGGGCGUUCGACUGCCGCUGCCUUCCGACGUCAAAACGCCGACUCCGACGAUCGCUGAAAUUCUCCCUCGACUUGCUGCACUCCGUCAAUCGUUGCCCCCGGCUCCGUCGUCCUCUUCCUCUGCCUUUUCCUCUCCCGCUUCUGUCUCGGCGUCUUCGUCUGCUGGCCCUGCGGAUCCCUCCAGCGUCGCCGUGCCUGUCGCUGCGCCUGGGGCUGGCCAGCCGCGUCAGGCGUCUUCACCGCCUGCAUGUGGCACGGUCUCUUCUGCCUCAUCGCUCUCUUCUCUUCCUCUUCAGCCACCGGCCUCGCUCCCUCUCCGCCCUGGCCCGGUGAUGCAGCGGACUCCGAAUGGAGUCGGCGCCCCACCAGCUAGUGGGGCGCCGACACCAUCUCGUGGCGCCACUGCGGCGUCGCUGCCUGUUGCGUCGUCUCUGUCGCUCGCAGCUGCUUUGCCGUUCCCAGCCUCGGGGCUUCACGCCUCGGGGCCUCAAGCCUCGGGGCCUGCGGCGUCCGAUCCGCGGGGCGGCUUGAGUCCCGAGCAGCUUUUGCUGAGCCAGCGACUGCUCCAGAGCUCGCUGGCAUCUUCUCACGCUUCGGCGGGGUCGUCUGCUUUGUCUUCCGGACAAGCCGUCCUGCUUCUUCAGCAUCUUCGGGAGACCUACCGAGACAAACAGCGCGUCGCGUUGCAGCAAGCGAAGGGCCUUCCAGUGUCGUCUUUGCCGCGAGACACAGCGCCUUCUUUUCCGCAGGCGAGUGCCGUGUCUGCAAUAGUGCCGCCUGCUUCCCUCUCUGCGUCCAGCAGUGACAGCGCAUCCAGAGGCGGCGGGGCGGACGAAGCGUUUCGGAAGCCGGAGCGGACGCUCCGAGAGGAAGCCGCAGGCCGCAGGAGACCCGACGGCGUGGCGACGAGAGAGAGCAGAGAGCCCUCGCCUCGAGGCUCGCGCCCAGGCGACCAGAACCCGCCGCAACUGACCGCCGAUUCCGGCGGCGAGACGUCGGCCGGGAGAAGCGGGCUAGCCUCGCGCGAACUGCCGGCGCGAGACGGCGCGGGAGAAGGCCCGACUCAGGAGGUUGGCAGGCGCUUGGCAGACGAGAGGGAGCAGCGCCUUCUCGAUUCCACUGGAGGCGACGGAGACGCAGGAGCCUCCCACGCUGCGAGCAUGCCACUGGGCAGCAGGCGCAGUUCGGAGACACCGGCGGUGCGUGGAGAGGCGGUGCGAAGGACCAAACCGGACGCCGACACUGAGCGCGCACACGCCGAGUCUGCCAAUCGCUUCGACACUGCUUCGAGCAGUGUCUAUCCCGAGGCGGAGGUCCUUAGCCAGCUGCUGUCGAAUUGUUUUCCGUCGUCCGUCUCGUCCUCGCCUGCGUUUCCGGAAGACCCGGAAGUGCUCGGAGAUGACGACGACAAAACCACGUACGCCGGAGACCAGGAACAGCGCCGUGGUCGAGGCCGAGAAGUUCGCGAGGAGCCGCUUCACCGUGCAGCCUUCUGCUGUGUCGUCAAUCCCUCUGGGACAUGCGAGGCGAUCGGGGGGUCGGCUCCUCAUUCUCCACAGGAUUCCGAGACGGACGAAAGGCAGGACGAGGACGAACAGCCUGCACGAACGUCACGCCGACGAGGCGAAACGCAAAUGCAACGCCGCCCACUGGCGUCUCGUGCUGGUGCGCCUCGUGCUGCAGAACUCCAUCUACGAGAUUCAUCUCUCGCCCCGCCAGCAUAUGUGGACAUCGAGGACGAAGGGCGAGCAAGGUCCAGCAGAAUGGUUCGGGAUGAGGGCGUUCAUGCAAGCGCGCCUCCGUCGAGUUCCCCGACUUCGAAACCCUCAGCCCCGUCUCCACAAACCGUGCGUGGUGAGGAGCCCGCGACAGGAGUUGCAGCCGAAACGACAGCUUCUUCCACAGCGCGCCGCACUUCGUCGGCUGGUACACCUCAGGCCGACGCUCCUGCGGCCGCGGCGCGCUCUCACGCUUCGUCUCUCUUUUCUUCGCUGUCGGCGGGAGACGUCCAUAAACUCCUUUUCUCUUCCUCCGGCUUGGCCCUCAUGACGCCUGAGCAACAGCUGUCGGUCCUCCGUUCUCUCCAGCGGCAGCUCGCGGCGAACGCGCCGGCGUCAGCGCAGCUCGCAGCGCUCGCUUCCUCAGUGAAUCCCCAAGGACCAGCGCAGGCGCCGGCUUCGCGAGCGGGUUCCUCGGCCCCGCUCGCGAAUCAUCCACCCUGCGGAGGAGACACCAGGCCCGACGCGCGGGCGGCGACUCACGAGCCGCAAACGGAGUCGGAGCGCUUGUUUCGCGCGGCCCUUCAGAGGAGCCAGCUGGGGGGGUCUCCGGAGCAGGCGCCCCCGGCGGGCGUGGAGAAUCCGACUCGCCGCGCCUCGCUUCUCCAAAUUGCUCAGCAGUUGAGGGCGGCGGCGCUUCAGUCGUCUUCGCCUGCAUCUGCCGCGCUUCAAGAAAAGCUGCAGGCGCUGCUGAACCUUCAACAGCAAGCGCUGCAGCGUGCAGAAGGCAGCCAAACGGCCCCCAUCCAAGCCCCGGUGCCCGGAGCUCCCUCGCCCCCGUCUGCGGCCUCUGCGUCUCGCGGACAGGCAAACUCUGUAGGGGAUGGCGAGCGGAGUCGAGGCCGAGGGACAGGCGACGGGGGCGUCGCUCUCUUGGCGUCAGGCGGCCUUCCAGCUCCGAGCAAGAAGCGGCCGAGAAGCCCCCCUGGCGGAGCGACUCCAGGCGCGGCUUUUGUCUCCGAGGCUCACCCUGGACUGUCGGGCUUGCUUGCCGCAGCGCCUCGGCCGCCAGCGCCUGGAAGUUCGCCUUCGCCUGUCGGGCUCAGUGUCCCGAAUCUGUCUCCGCCCGGCGCGGUGGCAAAGAGAGAGAGCGGAGCCGGAGGCGACCCGCUGGGGCAUCGCCACGCCGCAGGGAGCCGAGGCAACCCAAUCCCCGCUGCAGGGCGCGUGCCGGCGUCCAGCGGCUUCGCCUCUACAGUUCUCAAGUCCAGCUCUCUGCCGCCUGUCCAGAUGAAGGCUGGCGUCCCAGGGCCUGCGGGUUUGCCACAGUCGGUGAAUGGCGCCAGUCCGUCGUCGCUGCACUGUGUGAGACCGGGCCUCCUCCCUGCUUCACUCCCUGCCGUCACCUCGGCUUCGGCCUCGUCUGUCUACGCCGCGACGCACGGUCUGCCUCAGCUAGGCGUGCGUGGGGGGGCUGAGAACGAGGAGGUGCGAGGCCUUGCCAGGAGCCGAGAGGGCCCUCUCAGCCCCCCGGGCACUCUCCCGCUUUCCCAACGAGCAGCCGACGCCGCGCAGCCUCUCGCACUGCGUCCGUCGCCACCGUUAAGUCGACCGAGUGGGGACCAACAAUCCGCUGUGUCGAGCCUCAACAGGACGCCGCCGAAACCAGGGAACAGUGUCGGCCCCAGCUCGACUCAUCCUCUUGACAACGCGAGCCUUUUUCUGCAGGAGAGCAAGACGCGUGGACGUCCCUUCGCUGGAGCGGCUGCCAUUCCCGAGCCUUCCAGCAGGGGUGUCGCGCAACGCCCGGGGCCAACGACGCCCGCUCUUGUUUCCCCGUCCGGGACGCAGGCCUUCCCGCCUCUGUUUCUUCAAAACGCACAACUGCCCUACCUUCCCUCCCAACAGGCGUCGCUUUCUUCCUCUCUUUCUUCGUCCGUGCCUGCGCUUCCCGUGCCCCGCCUAGGCAUCCACCCUGCGGCGCCGGCGCAUCCGGCUCUCACUGCCCCUGGGGCGAAGCUGCCGGAGCCGGGACGACCGGACAGGCAGCGGCGCGUCGACGGCGGGGCUUCGCGAGCUGCGUAUCCGACCGCGCUGUUUCAUUCGAGUUCCCCCGGCGGCGCAGCGUUGCCAAUCUCUUCGUUGGGAACGGCAGACGAGCGCCUUUCACUAGAGCGACUGGACGUAGGGCGCAGCAGAGGCGCGGCUGGAGACAGAGGCACGGGCCUUCCCGACGCCAGGAGACAGCCUCCCGUCACGGGGCCCCAAGGGAGACUCCCCCAGGCCGCCCCGCCUCCACAUCUUCAUUUCAGCUCCCACGUGUCUCCUUUCGUCUCGCUUCCCGGGAUCGGAGGCGCAGCCGCGGAAGCCUCGAAAGGCCGAGGCGACGGCGGAGACACAGAGACGCUCAGAAACAACCUACGAAAGGGGACCGUGUGGUGCACAGACUGGGCGUAUCCGGGACUCUAUGUGAGGCAGGCACCGCGUGUCUCAGGCGCGGGCGGGGCGACCGCCAGGGAAGAAGUGCGAGAGGGAGACGCGGCGAGCCACAUGCCGCCUCUUCUCUUCUGUGGAGGCUGCUGGCGGAAAGAGACGGGCGUAGGGGAGGCGGAGGCUGGAGACGUGCUAGGCCGCGAAGAGGACCGCAUGGAGAUCAUUCGACGGAGUGCCGUCUUGCCGCAACAGUUGUUGCUCCUUCCUGAAAGCGGGUAUGUGAACGAAGCUGAAGACGCGCGUUGGAAUGCAACUACCGUCCGAGUAGUCGAGAAGCUGCUGGACCAGGCUCCGAAGCCUUUAGUGCCUUUACGGCGACGAGAUGAGAGUGCGCAGGCCCCAACGCCUUCAGGGGGAGCGGGAGAGAGAGCAGCAGACGCGCUGGAAGCCGAGAGCGGAACUGACGCUUGCUUGAGACCGACACUAGAGGGAGAACGAGAAAGGGACAUCGUCGUGAAAUGCGGCUUUUGCGGCCGCCUGGAAGGUUUCGCCACCGCCUCCGCUUCUUUGGGGUCUGCCGCCGGUGUCCCCGGCCCCGUUCUUGUCUCGCUGCGAGCCGCCGCACGUCGUGUCGCUGCUUCAUGCUCUGGAUCGGGCGCCUCCAAGUCGGCUCUUUCCUUGGAGCGGGCGGCAACGUCUGCUGCGCCUGUGUCCUCGUCAGAGGCGUCUCCGCCGUCGGCGCGUGAGGUCGCGGGAGGAUCAACGGAAAAGGAGGCUUCGCAGUGCGCGCUGGGGCGAGAGGUCGAAGACGACCACGACUGUCGAGGAGAGGAGACGAGGGCGGCGGCCGAGAGGAAGCGAUCCGUGUUGCUUUUGAAUGGCCUCCAAGGGGUGUGCGCGAAAUGCUGGCCUCUGGGCGCGUGGCGAGACGGAGACAGCGUUUCGCGCGGGCAUGCAGCAGCGUGUGUGACGCAAAAGACCGAGUUUGGUUCAACCGCGGAAGACGGACGAGAGCCCGAGGACACUGCCGCGGGUUUCGGGCGACGAGGGGAACACGACAGAGAAGACCUAAACGCUCGCAAUCCCUUCUGCCGCGUCUGGCUCUUCCAAGUUACGCGGACGCUACUAACGGCUGCUUUUGAUGUCAGCCUUCGAGAAGAGGAUGGGCAGAGCCAGUGUGUGCCGCCGUCGUCGGACCCACAGACUCAGACAUCGCGGGCCGAGGCUGUCACUUUCUUUGCUUGGCUGCUGCUGGAUGCAGUCCUCCCUGCCGAAGCCGAAGCCGCGGAGAAAGACAGCGCGACCCCGAGAGCGGAAGCAACGUGUGAAGCCGCGUCGCCGGCGGCGCCUUCGCCGGAGUUACGGACGAUUUGCAUGUCUCUGUUUACUUGGUUUUGUGAACAGCCCGCAUGCAGUCGCGAGAUCAGGGCCAUGGUCAAUCGGCUGCUGGGAAGUUCGGGCCCGGCGACAGAGGGCGAGAAGAAAGAUCUGGAGGCCUCCGCAGACUUGGACGCGCUGCUCACCUCCCUUUUCACCGCCUUUGCCGCCUUCGCGCCUGCCGAUCCAGUUUCUCUCGCGAUCUGCAGGAAGGACAGAGUGUCAGCGCCCGGCUCAGCAGCCGAAGGUCAGGCGAAGAGCGGAGGCGAGACGCUGCGUCAAGAUGAUGGCCACGAGGCGAGAAACAUCGCAAACAAGGAGAUGGAACGCCACAGGGGCGUGUCGGAGGCGGCGCUCAUGUUGCCCUCUUCACGUUCCUUCCUCGGAGCCGCGUGCCUUCCGCCUUCGCUCGGCGUGAGCGCGGCUUCGCCUGGCCUGGCCGCGCACGGGUGCUUGGCCCGACCUUCCAUGCCUGCGUUGUUCGCGGGCGCCUGGUCUCCAGAAGGCAAAGGCCAGCGUGGCGCGCCCGUUUUAGAGUUCAGCCUGCGGUGCAAUCUGUGGUUGCUUCUCGAGUUGGCUUUUCAGCGCAAAGUAACGCAGGCCCCUGCCGGCACGGUUCCUUCCCGGCUCGCCUCGCUGUCGUUGCGGCCGCUGUCCCCCGACACACCGUCUCUCCUCGUUCGCCUUGUUGCACAGCGUCUUUGGCUCGGCGACGCUCUUCCCACGAACCGUUCGCUCUCGCUCUCUUCUCGCUCUUCUUCUCUCUUGGCCUGUCAGCUCUGCGGAGAGACAGGAGACCGCCUGGUUCGAGGCCGCCUUCUUCCCUUUGGGGACGGCGUGUCCCUUCACUCGGAGUGCAUCGCUUGGUCUGUGGAUCCUGUGCUUCUGCCGAGUCUCGCCAAUCCCCGGCUGACUCCGGCUGCUUCGGACGCUGCCGUUCCUGGCGCACAGGCUGUGCGAGUGGAGAGUGCUCUGACGCCAGCGGAUCAACUCAAGGUUUGCGUCGACACCGCACGUCCCUGGAACGGCGCCGCGGGGGCCGAGACAGUCCCGACGCGUCCGAGGGAAGUCGCGGCGCAAGACAGGGAAGAACGAGCAGGGAAAAGGCCAAAGACUGGUGGUGACGACCUUGCCGAUUCUGCUUCAAAUCGACAGCGCCACACCGCCGAGGUCCCCGCGGAGACUGCCGGGUCUCUUUUGCGGUCUUCUCCGGGGGUUCAUUUUCCCGCUUCGUUGGAGCCGUUCCUCGAGCUGUCAGUCUGUCUUCCCCCCGUCGAGAUCCCGAGCGAGGAAGUGGGGGAAGUCGUGGCCGAUGCAGCUGUCUCGCGCUGCGUCUGGUGCAUGCAGCUCGGGGCCUCUGUGUACUGCUCAGCUCCAGAGUGCUCUGUGAAGCUCCACCUGGCCUGUGCGUUCGCGGCAGCCACCAACACACUCACUGGCGCCUCGGCGCGGCCUGGCCGCGGAGGGGCGGUUGCACAUUGUGCAGGAUGUGGCCCAAUGGGCGGCUGUGGCGACUCUCUCCAAGAGGAAGAGAGGGGCGCGACGCACAGCUGUGGAGAGGAAGGCGAGCGCACAAAGAAGGGAGACGCGCGAGAAGACCCCUCCGUGCGCGUGACGCGGAAAGAAAGAGAGCAAGUCGCAGAGACAAGGAAACGCGCGUUCCCCAUCCAUAUUCUCUUCAGCCGCAGGCAAAUCUGGUGCCAUGCAUGUUGGAAAGGCUUCGUGCCUCGGCCAGACCCGUCUUUUGACCCUCUCUUUCUCGCUCUCGAGGGCCUCUCAGGAAGCGUCUGCUUCAUCAUUGCUCGCCAGCUGUCGCAGUCGAUUCGCCUGCGCCCGCCGUGCUCUCGCCUUCGCGACUUGCCGACCGCCGAGCAGGAAGCGAGUCGCCUCGUGGCUGCCUCGCUGUUGCCUGUCUCCGCCUUCUUCUCCCACCUGCCGUCUCCGCUCCAGUCGUCUUCGUCCGCUUCUUCCGCUUCGCUGCCGACCGGGCCCCUGCACUUCUUCUCCUUCACGCCGACCUACGGCCCAGUCGAGAGUCUCCUGGCGCCGCUUCUCGCCUUCCUCACUUCGUCCUCGUCUCUGCUGCUGCCUUCGUCCCCCUCUUCGUCCCUCGCUGCCGUCUGGUCCCAGAAGGUCGCCCUAUACACGAAGCAGAAGAACCUCGUCUCCAGUCUCGCGCCCUUUUUGCUGCGCUCGCCGUCGCUUCUCGGCGCUCUCGUGGCGUCCGUGGACAGUCGCCAGGUGAUGCUUCGCCUGGGCAAAAUGUCGGGCCUCGACGACGCCCAAGACAAACGGGGCCCUCGGAGGCUGCUGGCGACGAAGGGGCGAGACCGGGACGAGGCAGAGCUCCACCGGCGUCCGACUUCGCCGGACUCGAGCAUGGAAGAAUGUCUCUUUGCCGCGUCGCGCUCGGACGGGACCGACGAGGAACUCUUCCAGCUGCGGCAGCAAACUCUCCCACAGGGCGACUUCUGGCUGGGUGGCACGCCGCGCGCGGCUGGGUCGUCUGCGGCAAGGCAGACGCAAUGCCGAGUUCGGAGGGGCGGCGAGAAGGCGUUCGGGCGCGAGUUCGUCGAGGUUUUGGAGCGGGUCGCAGGGGGCCGCCAAGGCGGAGGACGCGAGGACAUCGCAGGCAAGGAGAGACACAGAAGACGUGCGGAGCCGUCUUCCGCCUUCGACCUCAGAGCGGAGGAUGAAGCGAAGACGAGAGGGGACUUCAUGCCUUCCGCUCAUGGAGAGGGGAAGGAUGCGGCACAGGCGUCUGCCGCGAGUCCAAAACACGGACGCACCCAUCCACAUGCCUCCCUCGGCCUCUCGUCUUCUCUCUUCUCUGGACCUUCCCUCAAGCGUCUUUCGGCUGCUCUGGCGCCGUCGUCGGAGACUCCCUCUUCCGCGACUCCUGCAUCCUCGUCUACCCUGUCGCCCUCAGCCUCUCCACCCGCGUGUCUCCCUGCUUUCUCCGCAGACGAGAAGAGACACCGCGUCAUCCGCCAUGGAGGCCUGACGGUUCUCAACGUUGGCAUUCCCCUGUCGUACGAGGGCGAGACGCUCGUCUAUCCAAUCGGCUUUGUCUCCGUGCGUCGCUUUCACCUCCCGCCGUGUCUCCAAACACCCGACCCUUGCCGAAGACGCGCAGCGAAGCGCCAGCCGGGCGCGGACUUCUGUGCAUCUGCGCGACAUGCAGAGAAGACUCCACGGGAAACAAGCCGCUUCGAGGCGCGUCCACUCCCGACCAGAGCCUCCUACGUUUGCGCCAUCUCCCUGAGAGACGGCCGACCUUUCUUCACCAUUGAUAUCUUGGCUUCCUCGCUCGGUCACAGAGCGCCGGUGUGUGCGUGCCUCUUCUCCUGGCUGCGGGCCCCGUCGAGCGCGUCUGUCGCCGCCUUGGGCUCGGCGCCUCCACAGCCUGCAAGGCGACAAGAGAGGGACAUGACGGGUGAUGCGGAGGAGGCGAAGAAAGACGAGAACGAACGCACGCCAGGGUGUCGACGCCCCGGCGACGAGGCGCACAGCCCAGAAAAACUCCUCACGCACGUGGGGGCCGCCGCUGGUGGCGCCUCGGCCGUUCGAAAAGGGAAUCAACGCAGCGAAGGCCCGGAGGCGGAGGGCCAGGAUAUGGCCCAAAGUUGCCUCGCGGGCGACCGUCGUCGGAACGAGCAGAGAGACAGCGAAGAGACGCGGUGCUCACCCGUGUGGGGUUGGCGGUUGGCAGAAGGCGACGACCUCGAGGAGACAUUCUCGCGCUUUGUCUCGCUCUUCCACCUCCGACCGCCGAGAAAACGAGAACGCGAUUUGCCCUCGGAUCACCUUUUGCGCAGCGACGCACACCCCGAGGGAGCGAACGCGGAGACGAGGUCGGCGGCGAAGCGACAGCGAGAGGGAGACCCAGAAGAAAGAGAAAGGAAGAAGACGGUCCAGAGCCAGCAGCCGGCCGCGGGCCAGGGGGCGGCUGGUCGGCAGACUGCUCAGGCGGAGACAACGAACCAGGAAUGGAGCCUCGCACACCCACGCUGGGCCCAGGGCUUUUCCACUUCAGGUUACACCUUUUUUGGCAUCAACUCGCCUUACGUGGUGGAUCAACUCAAACCCAAAAUCUUCGACGUCUUGGCGUGGCGAGCGCUCUCCCGUCUUGGCGACGCUCACCACAACCGCUUGGGCGUCCUGCUGGGUAACUGCCACCGGAUGGAACAGUGGGAACGCCGGUGGCCGACGGCGACGCCUGCUUUGCAGACCCGCGCCGGCGGAAGACAACGCGAGGCGGGAGGUGAGCCGCAACUCGGCGUGCCGAGAGAUCUGCUGACGCAUCCCCUGGAGGAAGAUACGCAGGCUGAAAACCUCGACGAACUCAUGGUGUGCUCCUUCAAUCGAAUCGGCGAAAAGGCCGGAGACGCUCUCUCCCACCCUGAGGCUUCGGCGUUGCCAUCGGCGGCGUCGCCGGCUCUCGCCGUGUCGGCAUUUGCCUCGGCGUCAUCCUCGUCGGCUCUGCCGCUCUUCCCUGCGUCCUCUUCGUCUCGCUCCGUCUCCGUUCUCUCGCGAGCAAAGGCGAAGAGACAGUUUGACCAACUCCCCCCCUCGAUGCAGUACCGAUAUCUCCAGUCUGUGGGCGUCGACGACCGUCUCAGCGUCAGGUCCAGCACCAUCCAUGGGCAAGGCCUGUUCGCCAAUGUGCCCCUAGCCGAGGGAGAGCCCGUCAUCGAGUACGUCGGGGACAUGGUGCGCAACUGCGUGAGUGACCUGAGGGAGGCGCUCUACGAGAAACAAGGAGGAGGUGGAGACGGCGCCUGCUACAUGUUUAGGCUCGACGACAACUUCGUCGUUGAUGCCACACGAGCGGGAAACGUCUCCAGAUUUAUCAAUCAUUCUUGCGAGCCGAACUGCACGUGCAGGAUUCUGGUGUGCGAGGCGGGGCAGAAGCACAUUGUCAUCAUCGCGAAAACGGCGAUUCGCGCCGGCGAAGAAAUCACCUACGACUACCAGUUCGGCAUCGGCAACGAGACAGACAAGCUCGCGUGUUUGUGCGGCGCCCGCACGUGCCUGGGCAGAAUGAACUGA